CCCAUUUUUUGUAAGCGUCUUUUCAGCGAUAGUAUCCGAUGAAACAACAUCGUGUAUUAAAAAGAGAACGGUCGAUGCUCGUUCUUGUUCUUUCUCUUGGUCUUUUAACGCGCUACAGCUGACAACGGGCGGAAGACUGCGCAGUGCAGUAUCACAUGUCAAUGUCCGCUGCGCAUGUACUUACCGGUCAGAGAGACAUGGCAGGUGUUUCGGUUACUUCUUAUUGUUGACUAUUUUUAAUAGAUAAAAAAGAGUUGCCUAGAAACCGUCUGAAGGACAAUGAUAACGUGUAAUUUAGAUAAUAACUUGUGAAACUUAUUUUAAGUAACCCAGUUUCGGGAUCUUCCGUAAACCAUGUCGAACCUACGAGAAGCAGAGGUUCAAAGUCUCAAGGAGCGUGGAAAUGCAUGUGUGAAAGAGCAGAAAUAUGAAGAGGCUAUGUUUCAUUACACACAUGCUAUUAAACUCGAUCCACAAAAUUAUUCUUUGUACAGUAAUAGAUCAUUUGCUUUUUUAAAAAUGCAACAAUAUCACUUUGCUAUGGAAGAUGCUCUAAUGACAAUUCAAUUAAAGCCUGAUUGGACCAAGGUACAUACACGUUUGUUACGAUGUUAUAUGUCAGUGAAACGAACCGAAGAUAUUGUUGGUUAUUUUAGGAAGGCUGAGGUAGAAUCACAAACUUUUCACUUUAGCGAAGCUCUUCAUUCUUACAACAAAGCUUUAAUGUUUCAACCAAAUGAACCAACAAUUUUAGAAGCAAUGAAUAGGGUAUCCAGAUUAUUGAUCCAAGAUAAAAGAGCUGAUCAACAGAUACCCUGGCUUGGAGCUGGUGUUGGUAUCAUACUUGGAGUAAUAGUUGUAAUUGCUGAUUAUGUUUUUACGAACAAACCUACAUUAACGCAUCCUCUUUUGAUGGUCUUGUUGACAAUGUCCAUAGCAAUGCUAGGUUUUGGUAUUGCGAAAGGAUUUCGCUAUUUUGUAAAAUGUCAAAGAAAAUCACUUUUAGAACCACCAGUGGAUCUUUUUGGUAAAGAUAAAGAAGAACUUGACGAUGUUGAAGCUGAAAUGAAUAAUGAAAAAGAAAAACAUCCAAAAUACAGUAAAGCGCAAGCGAGGCAAAGAUUUAAGAAAGGAAAAUCAUAAUGUUUUUUGAUACUAAUGACGUACAUAAGUUUUUAUGUAAAUUUUAUAUUUUAAAUCCAUACACUUUUUAGCAUCUCAGGAAAACUCGGAAUAUUUAUGAUUAAUACUGUUACAUUGGUAGAAAAAUAUAUACAUACUGUUGAUUACA